AUGUUUGGAACUGUGGACUCCUGGAUUAUCUGGAGCCUUACUGGAGGGAAGAAUGGUGGUGUGCACUGUACAGAUGCGACCAACGCCAGCAGAACUAUGCUGUUCAAUAUCAACACUCUGGAGUGGGAUGUAGAGCUCUGCCAGUUUUUUGAUGUUCCCAUGAGUUUGCUGCCAAAAGUGAGAAGUAGUUCUGAAAUCUAUGGACUAAUGAAAAUCUGUCCUAGCCUGAAAUCUGGAGCCUUGACUGGUGUUCCAAUAUCUGGGUGUCUAGGUGACCAAUCUGCUGCACUGGUUGGACAAAUGUGCUUUCAAGAUGGACAAGCAAAAAAUACAUAUGGUACUGGUUGUUUCUUGCUGUGUAAUACAGGGCCAAAGCCUGUUCUGUCUGAUCAUGGUUUGUUGACCACUGUGGCUUACAAGCUUGGCAGAGACAAGCCUGCUUGUUAUGCCCUUGAAGGUUCAGUUGCCAUAGCAGGAGCUGUGGUACGGUGGCUAAGAGAUAACCUUGGCAUUGUUAAGACAACAGAGGAAGUAGAGAGACUUGCUGCUGAAGCUGGUACAUCAUAUGGCUGCUACUUUGUUCCAGCAUUCUCGGGCCUGUAUGCACCGUAUUGGGAACCAAGUGCCAGAGGAAUCAUCUGUGGUCUUACUCAGUUCACAAACAAGAACCACAUAGCAUUUGCUGCUCUUGAAGCUGUGUGUUUUCAGACCAGAGAGAUUCUAGAUGCAAUGAACCAAGACUAUGGAAUUCCUUUAAGCCAGCUACAAGUUGAUGGGGGCAUGACUAACAAUAAGAUCCUUAUGCAGUUACAGGCUGAUAUCCUAUGCAUCCCUGUGGUAAAACCUUCAAUGCCUGAAACAACCGCAUUAGGAGCUGCCAUGGCUGCAGGAGCUGCUGAAGGAGUGGGUGUCUGGAGUCUUAACCCCAGUGACUUGACUGCAGUGACUUGUGAACGCUUUGAGCCACAGAUUAACCCAGAAGAAAGCGAAUAUCGCUAUGCUCGAUGGAAAAAGGCAGUUAUGAAAUCAAUGGGUUGGGAAAGCUCAGAACCUGCAACCAAUGGAAACGGUGAACCUAGUAUCUUCACUAGUCUGCCUCUGGGCUUUUAUAUAGUGAGUAGCAUGGUAUUGUUAAUUGGAGCAAAGUAUAUAACA